AUGACUUUACUUCUGUCACGGGUUGAAAACAAGUUCUACAGACCAGUUCAGUUUCAGCCAUAUGAAAACGGGCUUUCUCCACACCACGAUGAAGGGAAUCCCACCAGUCGACAUAAGAACCACUGUGCAUAUGUCGUAGAAAAGACAGUGUCGUUCACCAUGCAGGACGGGGCAGCCCCAUACGUAAAAGCUGAGUACAACAAGUGUUCCUGGGGUCACAAAUGUCCCACUCUUUUGUAUCGUCUGAUGUACAAGCCAGUGUACAAGGUGGCACAUAAAACGGUCACCGAGCUGGAGUGGCGCUGCUGUCCUGGAUAUUCCGGUUAUGGCUGCAUGAAGGGCCAUCCAGUCUACCAGCACCCUAUGAGGAUGAUGCCACCUUUCAAGGGUCCACCGAUGAAAGGCCCGAGUUAUAAAGGUCCCAUGUUCAAGGGUCCCGUGUUCAAGGGCCCGCCGAUUAACACAGCUGUGAAAGCCAACCCAUGGAGUCAAGCUAAAGGACCUCCCCCCGGCAGCUUCAAGUCCUACCCCAUGCACCACGCUGGGAUUGCAAGGUCCUCCCCCUAUCCGGACCCCUCCUUCGAGUCUUAUCCGUCUGAACCAGAGCCAAUGCCAGAGCCACUGCCAGAGCCACAUCACACAGAGGAUGGCCAAGAACAUGAACAUGAGCACAUCAGAGGGCCUGAGGAGGUUCUUCCAGAGGAAAUCCCUCCUCCUCCUCCUCCUCCACCCCAUGGUGGUGAGCAACCUCAUGAAGUGAUCAUGGGCCAGACUCUCGACGGUGAGAUGGAGGAGCGGAUGUAUCAAAUAGAGGAAGAUGUGCGCCGUCUAAGCCAGGGGCUUGAGACCCUGAGAGGAACCGUGAACGGACUGGAGGAGAGCUUGCGAGCCUCUCUAAGAGAAGAUGCCAACAGGAUGCUGUCAGCUCUGCUCAAUGCUGCCCCAGGGCCUGUUCCCGCUCCAGCUUUAGCUUCGAAUCCCUCCACUGUGGGGUUUGUUGAAAUUCCUGGGGGAGACCCUGAGAAAGAGGGUCUAGAUGGUAGACAUGUCUUCUCGGACCUGACGGGACUGAAUGGGAGGGUGGAGGAGCUCAGGACGGAGCUGCAAGCUAAGACAGCAGAGCUACAGGAGCUCAAAGCCACAGUGAAGGGACACGAUGGAGCGCUGAUGAAGAUCUCCAGAGCAGAAAUUGUGUCAGACUCCACAGGCAAUCUGGAGGAAGACAUGGAGAAGCUGAUUGAUGCUAAACUGAGCGACGUCCGGAGAGAGAUUCUCGGUAGGCUUGAGAAAAAUGUUGAAAGCGCAGAGAGCCGAUGUGAAGAGAAAGCCGGUGAGGAACGGCGCCGUUGCCAGAGGGAACAAAGUGAGCAGCGAGAGCAGAUGGAAGACGCUCUGGACAGAAGCACAACAAGCAUCAGAGCAGAGCUGAGAAGUUUUAAAUCAGAGGUUGACAGUGUCAAGGCUGCGGAGAGCUGCUGUGGUAGAGUGAGUGGACUUCUUGAAAGGGUGCAGCAGCUGGAAACAUCCGUGGCGGGCCUGAACCAGUCCCAGGACCACCUGAGGGUGGAGCUGGGUGGACACAAAGACCACAUAGAGGGAAUUUUGGAGGGCCGUCUGUCUUAUGUAGAAGCCAAGCUCAAUGUGACUGGGCAGGGCAGGAGUCAUGACUGUCGAAGGAGCGAUGGUGUCCCAGACAGAGUGAAGACCGGACAGGCCCUGGAGGUCCGAAUGGAGGGCAAACUGAAGGCCCUGGAGGGCCGUUUACUGGCAGCUUUAGAAGAGCUGAGUAACGCCACUGCCCCCGCCCUGCUGGAGGGCCACGCCGUCCCCACUCUGGAGACGGAGCUUGAAUCCCUCCGGGGGAGGUUAGAGAUGGAUGUGGACAGGGUGCAAAAGCACCUCAGCAACCUGGAGGUUCUCUGCUCCUCGUCUUGCUCCCCAGCUCAGAAAUCUGCGGUCCAGGGAGACUCGGCAGCAGCAAGUGACAACCUGGCCGCCGAGCAGAACAUGAAGGAGGCUCUGGACAUGCAGCACGGCCGUUUGGACAGCCUCAACAACACGCUGCAGAGCAUCGUGAAGCAUCUGACCCUCAGGGACCAACAGGAAGAAGCAAAUGGAGAUUCUCCAACUCAGGGAGAGCUGACGAUCAUCCGGUUCAAUAUGCGUUCAGUCAACAAGACUGUGAGAGGCCUCCAGGACUCGCUCGGGGCCGUGGCUCAACAGGUGGGACGAGCCAACAGCUCCUGGCACGAGCGAGAGGCUCGACUCGCCCAGCAAAUAAAGGGCGUCGUCCAGCUGGUUGGGCAUCAGGCCUCCAUGCUCGGCGCAGGUGAGCGCAGGCUGACCCGGCUGAAGGGAGAGCUGCAGGAGAUGAGGAGGCGGCUGGCGGAGGAGGUCCGGGGCUGCCGCAGCACUGCCAUGGUGGUGAAGAAAGAGGUGACGGAGGUCGGAGGGCGCGUUGCCAGCGUGGAGGACCAGUGCAAAGGGCUGAACUACUUGGCAGAGGACCUUGAAAGAAUCAGAGACGAGCUGGAGAGACAAUCAAACGGUCUCCUCCUGCAGGUCAACGGGACUCUGUCCAGCCACGCUCAGCAGCUGUCGGAGCUGAAAGGAGAACUCAGAAACUGCAGCUCCAAGGUCGAGCCAACGCAACACAGCGGGGAGAUAAAGGCAGAGGAACGGCGUGGCGACACCUUCACUUUGAAUUAG